AUGCCACAGGGUUCGUCCCUCUCAAUCCAGGGCUUCCCCCCAAAGAUUGACCAUCUUCAAGGCUUCAACCAUGACCGGCACAUGUACGAUGUCAGCAAUCCGGGCACGCCCCGAACCCUAGAAGACCAUGCCGUCGGCUCCCUUCUUCCUGCUGCUAGUGCCGCAGCAGCACUGGCACAGCUGCAUGGUCACAAGGUCGAGCCAGAAUGGGAGUCGGAAGUGACUAUGGGAAAAGAUGGGAAGAUCUCAUCGAUGCCGCCGACCAAGCUGCUUCGGCUGCUGGCGACAUCGAUGAUGAUCGGACUCCUAUGCCUCAAUCACCAGUUUCUGUUCACAGGGCUUCGUUACCUCCGUUUCUACAUCAUGGAUUCCAGGCAGCGCAAGGAGCAGGAAGCUAUCAAGCUUCACCACUGCAACAAGCCUUAA